UCACUGCUGGAUAUAAGAGCAGUUGGAGCCCUCCGGCGUUGAUAUCAGACGCUCCCACCGGUUUCUCUCACUGUACUUUACGCAUCGCGUCAUCAUGCGUGAAAUUGUACAUCUGCAAAUUGGACAAUGUGGCAACCAAAUCGGCUCGAAGUUCUGGGAAGUGAUCACGGAGGAACAUGGCAUCGACAGAACAGGAAUCUACGGGGGAGACGACAACGUCCAACUUGAGCGGGUCAACGUCUACUUCACUGAAGCCCACGGUGGCAAAUAUGUGCCCAGGUCACUGCUGGUGGACCUGGAACCGGGCACCAUGGACAGCAUCAGAGGAAGUCGAAUCGGCGCUCUUUUUAGGCCGGACAGCUACAUCCAUGGAAACUCGGGCGCUGGCAACAACUGGGCAAAGGGCCACUACACGGAGGGCGCUGAGCUGAUAGAACAGGUGAUUGACCGGGUAAGGACGGAGAGCGAGGGCUGCGACUGCCUCCAAGGGUUCCAGCUGGUCCACUCCCUCGGCGGCGGCACCGGUUCCGGCAUGGGCACCCUAAUCAUCAACAAGAUCCGAGAGGAGUACCCCGACCGGAUCAUGACCAGCUUCAGCGUCAUGCCCUCCCCUAAGGUCUCGGACACGGUGGUGGAGCCCUACAACGCCACCCUUUCGGUGCAUCAGCUCCUGGAGAGCACCGACGAGACUUUCUGCAUCGACAACGAGGCCUUGUACGAUAUCUGCUUCCGUACGCUCAAACUGACCACGCCCACUUACGGCGACCUCAACCACUUGGUGUCCAUGACCAUGAGCGGGGUCACCACCUCGCUGAGGUUCCCGGGGCAGCUCAACGCAGACCUGAGGAAGCUGGCGGUCAACAUGGUGCCGUUCCCCCGCCUCCACUUCUUCAUGCCGGGCUUCGCCCCGCUGACGGCGCGCGGGAGCCAGCAGUACCGAGCGCUCACCGUGCCCGAGCUCACCCAGCAGAUGUUCGACGCCCGCAACAUGAUGACGGCCUGCGACCCCCGGCGGGGCCGCUACCUCACCGUCGCCGGCGUCUUCCGCGGGAGGAUGUCCACCAAGGAGGUGGACGAACAAAUGCUGGCCAUCCAGCAGAAAAACAGCAACUACUUCGUGGACUGGAUCCCUCACAACGUCAAGGUCGCCGUCUGCGACAUCCCGCCCCGCGGCCUCAAAAUGGCCUCCACUUUCAUCGGCAACAACACGGCCAUCCAGGAGAUAUUCCGCCGCGUGGGCGACCAGUUCUCCUUGAUGUUCAAACGCAAGGCCUUCCUGCACUGGUACACGGGCGAGGGCAUGGACGAGUUGGAGUUCACCGAGGCCGAGAGCAACCUCAACGACCUGGUGUCUGAGUACCAGCAGUACCAAGACGCCACGGCCGACAUGGAGUCCGACUCGGAAGACGAAGAGGAGGAGGAGACCCCUUCCAGGACGGAGACCUCCGUGGUUCAGUCUCGAAAGGAAGUGAAAAUAGAAACAGUGACAGAAAUCAGUGAAGAAAUUAUCGAUUAGUGGAAGACUUUGGGUCUGUGGUUCUGUUAAGUCCAUGCGUAAACAUUUCAACGACAAAACAAAAACCCCAAACCAGUGAAGUUGGCACGUUGUGUAAUUUGUAAAUAAAAACAGAAUACACUGAUUUGUAGAUCCUUUUCAACUUAUAUUUAAUUGAAUAGACGGCAAAGACAGGAUAUUUAGUGUUCAAACUGAGAAACUUGAAUUUUUUUUGCAAAUAAUUAUUAUCCAUCCAUCCAUCCAUCCAUCAUCUUCUGCUUAUCCGAGGUCGGGUCGCGGGGGCAGCAGCCUAAGCAGGGAAGCCCAGACUUCCCUCUCCCCAGCCACUUCGUCUAGCUCUUCCCGGGGGAUCCCGAGGCAUUCCCAGGCCAGCCGGGAGACAUAGUCUUCCCAACGUGUCCUGGGUCUUCCCCGUGGCCUCCUACCAGCUGGACGUGCCCUAAACAAAUCCCUAGGGAGGCGUUCGGGUGGCAUCCUGACCAGAUGCCCGAACCACCUCAUCUGGCUCCUCUCGAUGUGGAGGAGCAGCGGCUUUAGGUUGAGCUCCUCCCGGAUGACAGAGCUUCUCACCCUAUCUCUAAGGGAGAGCCCCGCCACCCGGCGGAGGAAACUCAUUUCGGCCGCUUGUACCCGUGAUCUUAUCCUUUCGGUCAUGACCCAAAGCUCAUGACCAUAGGUGAGGAUAGGAACGUAGAUCGACCGGUAAAUUGAGAGCUUUGCCUUCCGGCUCAGCUCCUUCUUCACCACAACGGAUCGAUACAACGUCCGCAUUACUGAAAGAUGCCGCACCAAUCCGCCUGUCGAUCUCACGAUCCACUCAUACCCCACUCGUGAACAAGACUCCUAGGUACUUGAACUCCUCCACUUGGGGCAGGGUCUCUUCCCCAACCCGGAGAUGGCACUCCACCCUUUAUUAACUUAGAAUUUAAUGGCAGCCACAUAUUGCAAAAAAGUGUGCACAGGGGCAUUUUUAGCACAGUGUCACAUGGCCUUUCCUUUUAACAACACUCAGUCAACGUUUGGAAACUGAGGAGACCAAUUUUUUAAGCUUUUCAAGUGGAAUUUCUUCCCAUUCUUGCUUGAUGUACAUCUUAAGUUAUCGUAUUUUACGCUUAAUUACGCGCCACACAUUUUCAAUGGGAGACAUGUCUGGACUACAUGCAGUACUUUACUCUUUUACUAUGAAGCCACGCUGUUGUAACACGUGGCUUGGCAUUGUCUUGCUAAAAUAAGCAGGGGCGCUUGGAUGGCAACAUAUGUUGCUCCAAAACCUGUGUGUACCUUUACAGCAUUAAUGGUGCCUUCACGGAUGUGUAAGUUACCCAUGCCUUGGGCACUAAUACGCCCCCAUACCAUCACAGAUGCAGCCUUUUGAACUUUACGCCGAUAAUAAUCAGGAUGGUUCUUUUCUUUUUUGUUCCGGAGGACACGACGUCCACAGUUUCCAAAAACAAUUUGAGAUGUGGACUCGUCAGACCACAGAAGACUUUUCCGCUUUGGAUCAGUCCAUCUUAGAUGAGCUCGGGCCCAGCGAAGCUGGCAGCCUUUCUGGGUGUUGUUGAUAAAUGGCUUUCGCUUUGCAUAGUAGAGUUUUAACUUGCACUUACAGAUGUAGCGACAAUCUGUAGUUACUAACAGUGGUUUUCUGAAGUGUUCCUGAGCCCAUGUGGUGAUAUCCUUUACACACGGACGUCGCUUUUUGAUGCUGCACCGCCUGAGAGAUCGAAGGUUUGUAAUAUCAUCGCUUACGUGCAGUGAUUUCUCCAGAUUCUCUGAACUUUUUAAAGAUAGAGGGUGAAAUCCCUAAGUUUACUUUUAAUAGCUCAUUGAGAGAUGUUGUUCUUAAACUGUUGGACAAUUUCCUCACGCAUUUAACCACAAAGUGGUGACCCUCGCCCCAUCCUUGUGUGUGAAUGACUGAACAUUUCAUGGAACCUGCUUUUAUACCCAAUCAUGGCACCCACGGCAUGGUGUAGUGGGUAGAGCGGCCGGCCAGAAACCUGAGGGUUGCAGGUUCGCUUCCCACCGAUUGACUUCCAAAAAAGCGCUGCCGUUGUGUCCUUGGGCAGGACACUUCACCCUUUGCCCCCGGUGCCGCUCACACUGAUGAAUGAAUGAUGAAUGAAUGAUAGGUGGCGGUCGGAGGGGCCGUAGGCGCAAACUGGCAGCCACGCUUCCGUCAGUCUACCCCAGGGCAGCUGUGGCUACAGAUGUAGCUUACCACCACCAGGUGUGAAUGAAUGAUGGGUUCCCACUUCUCUGUGAGCGCUUUGAGUGUCUAGAAAAAAGCGAUUUAAAUCUAAGUUAUUAUUAUCGUUAUUAUUAUUAUGUUCCCAAUUAGCCUGCACACCUGUGGGAUGUUCCGAAUAAGUGUUUGAUGAGCAUUCCCUCAGCUUUCUCAGUCUUUUUUUUGCCACUUGUGCCAGCUUUUUUGUAACAUGUUGCAGGCAUCAAAUUCCAAAUGAGCUAAAAUUUGCAAAAGAUAACAACGUUUCUCAGUUCAAACGUUAAAUAUCUUGUCUUUGCAGUCUAUUCAAUUGAAUAUAGGUUGAAAAUGAUUUGCAAAUCAUUGUAUUCUGUUUUUAUUUACCAUUUACACAACGUGUCAAGUUCACUGGUUUUGGGUUUUGUACCUUUAGUGUCCUUAACCAUAAGGUCUCCGACAAUUGAGAGCCAAAAACCAGCAAUAAGACCUGGCGUAGAUUUGCCUCAGGGAACUGAGAAUUCCAGAAAAUAUAAACGAAGAAAGAAACAAGGCUAACUGGUAGCUCCAUCAUGGUUUCUUCUCUUCUACACUCGUUUGCUAUGUCUGGUGACUUUGUUCGACCCUAUAGCUUGGUUGGUAGAGUGGCCUGAGAGUUGCAGGUUCGAUUCCCGCUUGUGCCAUCCCAGUUACUGCCGUUGUGUCUUUGGGCAAGACACUUUACCCACCUGCUCCCAGUGCCACCCACACUGGUUUAAAUGUAACUUAGAUAUUGGGUGUCACUAUGUAAAGCGCUUUGAGUCACUUGAGAAAAGCGCUAUAUAAAUAUAAUUCACAAAUUCACUAUUAUCUCUGAAUGUGUACCCCGCCUUAGCAAAAAAAAAAAUUGUGCUGUCAAUUAAUCGGUUUAAUCUGAUUAAUUACAUUUUUUUUAUUCGGAUUAACCGUAAGUAUUUAUUACUUGCUUGCACAAUUUAAAUGAACAAACAAAAAAGGCUAAUAUUCAGAAAUGUCAUUCAGGAAUUUUUUUUGGACUGUUUUACUUGAAUGCGCAUAAUUUAUUUGCUGAAAAAACUUGGUAAAGUCCAGCCAGGUUGUAUUUGAGUGAGUAUGCACUGACCGUAUAACAACACCACCUUUAAGGUAACCAUCCACGGUUAAGAUAAAGGAACAUCUACGGUCAAAUAUAAAUGGGGGGGAUUUUCUACCGCUUGUCCCUCUCGGGGGCCCGACGAUGGCUGGAGCCUAUCCCAGCUGCAUUCAAGUCGCCACCUCACCGCAGGGUGAAAACAUACUUGAUUAAUGCGAUAUUUUUUUCAUGAUUAAUCAUACGAGCAAACUCGUUAUUUUUGACAACCUUAAAAAAAAGUCAUAGAUAUAUAUGAUACGUUUUAUGUGUAUCAUAAUUAAUGAUACUUGGUGCUGUGGAAUAUUCAUACAAUUAAUUAUUGUAAUCUAGCUGCAUGGCUUUUUUGCUCGUCAGCUACCUUUUACCAUUUAAUGUAGAAUUUAGGUGAUAUGUUUGCUAUACACAUACUGUGUAUAUAUAUGUAUAUAUAUAUAUAUAUAUAUAUAUAUAUAUAUAUAUAUAUGUGUAUGUAUAUUAUGUAUAUAUAUAUAUAUGUAUAUGAAUAUUAUGUAUAUACAUGUGUAUGUAUAUAUAUAUGUGUAUAUGUAUGUAUAUAUAUAUAUGUGUGUAUAUAUGUAUGUAUAUAUACAUAUAUAAUAUGUAUCUAUAUAUGUAUGUAUUUGUAUGUGCAUGUAUUUAUGCAUGGGUUUAUAUAUGUAUGUAUGUAUGUAGGUAGGAGUGGCGCAGUGGAAGAGUGGCCGUGCGCAACCCGAGGGUCACUGGUUCAAAUCGCACCUAGAACCACCCUCGUCACGUCCGUUGUGUCCUGAGCAAGACACUUCACCCUUGCUCCUGAUGGGUGCUGGUUGGCGCCUUGCAUGGCAGCUCCCUCCAUCAGUGUGUGAAUGUGUGUGUGAAUGGGUAAAUGUGGAAGUAGUGUCAAAGCGCAUUGAGUACCUUGAAAGUAGAAAAGCGCUAUACAAGUACAACCCAUUUAUCAUUUAUACAUACGUAUGUAUAUUUAUACGUAUAUGUAUACAUAUAUACAUACAUAUAUGUGUGUUUGUGUAUAUAGGCAAGUGUAUAUGUAUGUAUAUGUAUAUAUACAUAUAUACAUACAUAUAUAUGUAUAUAUGUAUAUGUAUACAUACAUAUACAUAUAUGUAUAUCCUGUACGUGUGUAUAUGUAUAUAUAUGUAUAUAUGUAUAUAUAUACAUACAUAUACAUAUAUGUAUAUCCUGUACGUGUGUGUAUAUGUAUAUACACACAUAUACAAAUAUACAUAUGUAUGUACAUAUAUACAGUAUGCAUUACUCUCUUUGCUUAGUUGAUGUGUUGAAUUUGAUUGUGUUUAAACUGUUUUUUAAAGACCUAUAUGUUGCAACUCCCUUAUUUAAAUACAUAUAUAAAUAAUUUUAAAAAAGAACAAAAAAACGUGAUAAAGUUAUCCCAGCAGGCACAUCAAAACAAUCUUGAGAACUUGCAACUCAAAGCUGACAUUAGAACAACAUUCUUUUUGACGACUUUUAAUCAAUGUUGGGUUUCUGCCGUUGAUUCGACCAUUGACAUUUUGGUCAUUUCCCAACCAGCAACGUGGAUCCAACGUCAAUUUAAAAAUACAACUGUUUUUAAACGUUGUUUCAAAGUAAAUUUUAAGUGACAUGUAAGUAUAGUCAACAUAUCAAUGUCCUGUUUCUGCCUGGAUGGCAAUAAAAACCUACAAAAAUAUUACAAAUCUCACCUUUAUUUGAAAUGACCUCUAAAAAAAAAAAUCUUUCUCCUGAUAUUUUUUAUUUAUUUGGCAAUAUAACGCCACGACAAGAACAACUAUACUAAAACAUAUACUUCUAAAGUCCAAGAGGACUCUAACUAUAGCCUGAUGGACCGUAUUGACACUGAUAGCGUGUUCUUACUGUACGUCAUACCAUGUCACAACGUUUCCUCCCUCCGUGAGCAGCGGUCUGGGACUUUGAGAUUACACAUCAUGUUGCCUUGAGUGUCUGUGCCAUGUUGAUAAGCACAUUGCACGGUUGGUGCAAAAUGUUCCCGUAAUAAAGUUGGCUGGAUGAAUAUA